AUGGCAGUGACGCGCGUUGCUCCAACAUGGUCAAAUCCAUUGUACAAGACCAUUGUUGGCGACGAUUCAUUACUCUCAUAUAUAAAGGCGGUCGAUGGCGUCUCCUACUUCUUAAACCUCCAACUGACUUGGAAACGUACGCUGCAGAAACGCCAGAUACAACCUCUCCGCGAGAAGUGUGCUCUCUACCCUUUCGAAUAUAAAUCCCAAACAUCCUCCCCCACGACACUGAACAUGGACAUGCCCGAUAUUUCGACACUGUCGAUGGAAGUUCAGGAAGUCUCGGACUCCGCUUCCUCCCACAUCAAAGUCCCUUGCCUGCCGACCUCCAGAACAAAAUGCUCUAUCUUCAUGGGCAAACAAGAAUACGCACUCAGUCACCCGGAGGAACAUGAGGACCCGUGGGUUUCCCCGGGCUCGCCUGAAAAGCACCUGUACUCUCUGUACCACAAAUUGCGGGGCGAAUCAUGCGGUAUCAAACUCAAAGUCUUUGGCAAGAAGAAAACCUUAUGCCAGGCUACACAAGCUGAGUUCUGGUUCGCCCAGAUAGCGGGCAUGAUGCGACACAAUCUUCGAAUGAUAGCUAACUACAAGUUAGAUGCAUCGGAUAUAGAGCGUCCGUACUAUCCCAUACAUUCCCAGGAAGAUACUCUGACUACUACAGACACGCUGUCGGCGGAGGAUGAGGAGGCCUUGCACCUGAUGAACGUGAUGGAUGGCUGUGCAGCCCGCCACAUUGGAAUCCAUGAAGAAUGGAUUUCCACCUCCCGACCAUUCCAAUACCCUGGAAUGAAUCUUUCCGAGGCCCAUCGCACGCUGCUCAACGCGCUGAAUGCUGUUAGUUUUCGCAUAUCUAGGAACACGUUCGCGCAUGCUUACGGAGCACCAUCUGGCGGGAUUAGCAUCUCCAUGGGGAGUAUCUUCGAAAAUCUGGCUUCAGAGUAUGAAAAGGCCUUGCGGCUGAUUGGCGAGGUUCUGGCGGAGUUGAAGAAAGCGAUGACGGGGGCACUGGUGAAAGCAGAGACGGGGUUGGAAGAAGAUGAGGAUACAGAUGACGAGGAGGCUAACGAGGAGGUACAGUAUGAGGCGUUUCCAGACGACCAAAAGUAUUUACCAUAUGAGGACGCCGAGGACUCAGAGGUCGAUGAAGACUUACUGUACGAGGACGCAGAGGAAGGGGAGGAGGACGUGUAA